AUGGAUGAUGGAUGUUUUUGCAGCCUGCAUGCUAACGUUAGCGUUCUUUAUUCCGUGUUCUGCAUUCGUGUCCUCUGCUGCCACCUUGUGGUCAAGCUUCCUCAGACACAGACGGUUUGUCCGUUUCUCGCUCAGGAUUUCUGGCUGUCAGUUCUUCACAAGAGGCUGGUUGGACCCGAGGUUCUGAAGGUUGAAACGGUCUCUGAAGACGGAGACCGGCGUGUGCGGUCGUACCUGCACUGCGCCAGCAGGAAGAGCUACAGAGACGGCGCUGUGGUUCUGAUGUCCAUGAACCUGGGCCAGAGACCCGUCAGGAUGCGGGUUCCGGUUCCGGUGUCCAACAGCACCGUGGAGACGUUUGUCCUUCAGUCCGACCGUCCAGGGGAGGACGGACUCCGGUCCAGGUCCGUGAAGCUGAACGGAGUUCUUCUGGAGAUGCUGGACGAUGAAACUCUUCCUCGGCUCAGCGGCGCUCCUCUGCCUCCAUCGGACCACCUGCAGCUUCCUGCCUACUCCCUGGCGUUCUUUGUCUUCACGGACGCCGGCGCGGCGGCCUGCCACUGACCCAUUCGGACCCGCAGAAGCUCUGGUUCCACAGGUGAGGCUGUGGACCGGCUGCUUAAUGGACCUUCUCCUCUCAGGUUGGACUCUGAUGUCCUGAAAACUUUGAAUAAAUCUUUGAUUCACA